GUGGCAGAGCUGGCUCUGGAACCCAGAUCUCUUCAUGUUCAGUCAUGAGCACUAACUACUAGGGCCUGCUGUCUCCUACCUAAGAAAAUCAAGUAAUGAUCGGCUUGAUCCUGCUCCAGUUAAUGCCAGUCAACUCUCGUUGACUUUAAUGGGAUCAGAAUCCGGCCCUACAGAAAGAAAGAACUUUGUCAAAUAAGAAUGGGCCAGAGUGGACAAUAUUCUAACCACAGGGGUAAAAUGAUGAAGCAUUUUACAUCAUGUUACAGCAUAUCCUGUCUAGCUGGCCAUACAGGCUGGAGUAACAUGAGAAGCUUUGUCCCUAUGUAUUUGUAUUUGCACAUCUGUUACUAACAAGGGCAUUGUUUGUAGCAGUCACUUAUUUGCCUCUCAGAGAUACAGUACCUAGCACAUGGAGGUAUUUGUAAAUUUCAUUCUGAACCUAUGUUGUUAUGGAUAUGAGACCAUAAAAUUAGAAACAAAAAGUUUGCACAAGCUUUUUAGUCAUCCUUAGAGCAUGUGUUACGUAACAAUGCAAAAGAGUGUCUGAGAAUGCAACAUUCCCCCUAGGGGCAGAGGGGCUGGAUUUCAGUGGCUACAGUUCCAGCCGUUUUGGCUACAAAGAAAACAAGCUGUGGUCUACUGAGCCCCACACCUUUGGGACUCUUGGCAUUUGACCCUUCAAUUGGCUGUCAGCUCACCUUCCAGUCUAGCUAAGAGUUCAGUCUGUUUCAGAAAAGGAACAGACAAGAGACUGGAUGGCAUGGGGAAUUAGCAAUGGGGAGAAAGGUUCAACUUCAGUAAGGAUGAGGAAUCCCUCAGUGACUGAGAACUGGUCUCCUCUGAUGGCUGUUCAAUAGCUUAUGUGGAAGGGAUUUGCUGGGUCUCAGUUCAAGCCCCAGUGGAGAGGUAUCCAAAAUACAUUUUUAAAAAUCACUAAUAUUGGUAACCUCGACUGGCCCAAGAUUGACUCGGCCACGGAGACCAACUAGCCUCAGUAGUGGUCCCAACAUUGAACCGUAACGGAUAGGCAAUGUGAAGGAACUGCUGCCUCUGGUGUAGAUGCAGAAAGGCAUCGUCAGUGUCCAGGACUGUUAAUCCAGCAUCUUCCAGAAGCACUAAAUUCACACACUAAGAAACACCUUUAACAAAGCAUGAGACACACUGCUAAAACCAGAUUCUGCUCUUACACAAGGCUAGUAAUAUUACAGGGGAUAGCUGCCCUUUGUGCUUCAGAGGGGCUUAAGAUGAACCCCAGCUGUGGUCAGGAGAGUUUACUGCCACCUGCUGUAGCAUUCCACAGGUGACCAGGUGAAUUACAAAGGGUUUCUUGCACUUUUCUCUAACGAGACACAGAAUACUGGACUAGAUAGAUUUCUAGUACAGCAAUUCACGUGGUCCUAAUGUGCUGCUGUGAUCACUUAAUUACCAUAGGGAGAGUUAAUACAAGGCUUUGUACAGCUGCAUUUCUUUUGUUGUUCCACUUGGCAGAGCCAGGUAAAUUGGCACCAGAAUGAGCUUGUUUCCAUUUACCUUUGUUCAGGCAGAAAGCAGCUGGCAUGACACUGAGAUUACUGGCAUUCCUUGCAUUAGUCGGUCUGUUACAAGCAGGAUGUCUUGGCAUUUAUUUCAGGGAGAGGCACAUGGGCAGACAAACUAGUGAAUCAGAUUGCUGAGGAGGGAAACUUGGCCUGUAAUGAUGUACAGUAGGUGGAGAAGGUGGUUGAAAGCUACAGCAGGUGUGCAUUGUAAUGAGUGAUUAAUUAGUAGGCCGUGAAUGAGCAUAAAUAGGAAAUCUGGUGGAACUGGGGGUAGCAGGGAUCAUUAGCUGGACAAAACAGUCUGAGCUGUGCAAUCGGGAACAAAGACAAGUUGAACUGCAAUGUUCUGGGUUGCUGUCUUUGUUUGGGUCUGUGACUCCGGGGGACAGUCUUUAGGCCAUGAGCCAGUUAAUACAGAGUGAUUAGACCAUGAGCCAGUUAAUACAGAGUGAUCUGAUCACACCAGAGGGAAAGCCCAUGAACUAGUCAGUAGCAUUAUCUGUGCCCGGCCACAGUGUACAAAGAAUUAAACUGUACCAAUCAUCCCCAUGUUCGCUUGUAUGUUAUGUCUCCACACCAAAGCCUUCAUCUGCUUGUCUCUCUUUUAGACUGUCUGGGCUCCAGGGCAAGGACUAUCUGUUUGUGAACACACUGCCCAGCACAACAGGGCCUCAGAUUCAAGCAGGGCUUUUAGUUGCUACUGUAAUAUAAAUGUUUAAUAAUAGAGAGUGAACUUGCCCAUCCAGUAUAUACACACACAUUAGUCAUAUUAAUUUAUAGAAUGGCUAUUCUGGUACCAGCCUGGUGUUUAAUACAGACUCAGUUAUCUAAAGUAAGGGGGGGGGGAGACUUGAAAUGCUGAGCUAGAGUAGAUUAUUCCAUGAAUUGAUUUAAAAACAAAAAAAAUUUUAACAUAAAACUGUCCCUGAGGAGUAGCAUUAAAGGGUGGAGCUGCUGACUUUAGACACGGUAGCAAUCACAAGGUUAUUUUACAGAAAUACAAAUAAAUCCUCAACCAACAGCUAAACCAGAUCACUAUUUAUUACAAGAAGGCAGUAUGGCCUAGGGGCUAGAACCUCCAGCUGGGAGUCAGGAGACCUACAUUACAUUCCUGGUUUUGCCAAGGUCUCCCUGUGGGACCCUGGGUAAAGUCACACACAUUCCCUCUCUUUGUUUCAGUUUCCCCAUCUGUGACGUGGGGAUAGCGAUACUGACCAGCCUUUGAACAGUGCUUUGAGAUCCACAGGUGAAAAGCCCUGUAUCAGUGUUCAGCAUUGCACUGUGCCCUGAAGGUCACAGCACAUGGAGCCUGGCAGGCAGCCAAAGAGUACACUUUCUGCAGGGGAGGAGUGGCUCUCCGCUGAACAUUUCAUACUGCAGGACCCAGAGAGAUCAACCCUGGGAACCACCACCAAGAGUCUCCCACAGCCAAGACAGGGUGGAGUGAGAGGCGUCUCCGAGAUUACCAAAUCCCAAGCUGUUAAAGACUUUAACGAUCAUGAUUUGCAGCUUGAAUUGUAGCUAGGAACAGGCAGGAGCUGCACAGAGGUGCCCAGCGCUGCUUGUCCUACUCAGCAGUGCUAUAUAUAAUUUUUAUUACUGUUGGUAUUUGCAUGAGCUUCCUUCCCUCCUUAGCAUGAGGAUUUUAUGACCUUAGCUAUCCUCAGCAAGGGGACUCCAUGCGCUGAAAGCAGGUGAAAGGGAAAACAAGCUCUGGGAGGGAGCUGGGUAAGACCAAUUCAUACCUCAAAGGGGGCGUGUUCAGGACUGUACCUGGACAGGUUCAGCCUCUUGUGAAAUAAAAGGGGAAGGAGGCUGGUUUCCCAGGCACUUUGGUGCCAGGAUCCUGUGGUGAAAGACGGGAAGGUGUUCUGAGCAGCGUAAUGCAAGGCUUAGCAGGCAUAGGUUCUCCUGGCCAGAGAGAGCAGGUGUCUGUGCUGUGACCUUCCUUGCAUUGCUCCAAGUGCUACCAUAUGAUAGCGGAGCUGAUUUUUCAAACAGGUUGGCUUGGAAGGAGGUAGAAGUGGAAAUGUCCAGAGGAGGAGCUGCGCAUGGAAUCUCCAACACUCAGGACCGGGGAUGGGCCUGGAUGGUCUUGUUGGCCACUGUGCUGCUUCAGGGGCUAACGCUGAGCUUCUCCUCUUGCGCUGGGGUCUUCUUCACAGACCUGCAGCGUGAGUUCCAAGCCACCAACAGUGAGACGUCAUGGUUCCCGUCCAUCAUGACAGCAGUGCUGCACGCAGGUGGGCCCCUCUGCAGCAUCUUGGUGGAGCGAUUUGGCUGCAGGUUCACUGUGAUGCUCGGUGGCCUACUCAGUGGAGUGGGCAUGGUUGCCAGCUCCUUUUCCAAGUCCAUCAGCCAGCUCUACAUAACAGCCGGCUUCAUUACUGGUCUAGGAUCCUGUUUUGGCUUCCAGGCAGGAGUGACUGUGCUGGGCUACUACUUUGUACGCCGACGGGCUUUGGCCAAUGCCCUAGCAUCCACCGGUGCCUCCAUCGGCCUCACGCUGUGGCCAUUGAUCUCUCAGUACUUGUUGGAUGAGAUGGGCUGGAGAAACUCUUUCCUUAUCUUUGGCGGGGUGCUGUUGAACGCUUGUGUCUGUGGGGCCGUGAUGAGGCCAGUCCAGCUUGGGCCUCCCAGGUCACCGCUGCAGCCCAGCCCUGGACAGGAGCCAGGCAACUUAGCUGAAGAUGCACAGAUGUCCAACGGAGCCACCCCUCAUCAGGUGGAGCCCCCGCAGCAGGCCAGGUUUGCUGCUUGCAAGCGGACGCUGCAGAAGUACCUGGCUUUUGAUAUCUUCUGCAAAAACAAAGGUUACCAGAUUUACACCAUUGGAGUGGCCUGGAUGGUGAUGGGCUUUGUGCUGCCCCUCAUCUACCUGGUGCCUUAUGCCGUCUGGAACGGGGUGGAGGAGCGCAAGGCCGCUCUCCUGAUCUCCGUCAUCGGCUUCAUUAACAUCUUCAUGCGCCCCAUGGCUGGGCUGCUCUCAGGACUCAAUAUCUUCACCGGGAAGCGGAUUUACCUCUUUAGCCUGGCCGUACUGCUCAACGGGCUCAGCAAUCUCAUCUGCGUCAUCUCAGCCGACUUCAGCGUGCUCAUCCUCUACUGCCUCAUCUACAGCAUAUCCAUGAGUGGCAUUGGGGCGCUGAUCUUCCAGGUGCUGAUGGAUGUGGUGGAGAUGGACAGGUUCUCAAGUGCCUUAGGCCUCUUCACCAUCCUGGAGAGCGUCACCAUCCUCCUCGGACCCCCACUCGCAGGUCUUCUGGUGGAUAUAACUGGCCACUUCAGUUACGUCUUCUACGCCUCCAGCUUCAUCAUGGUGUCAGCUGCGCUCUUCAUGGGUCUCAGCUUCUGUGCUUUAGACAGAAAGAACAAACUGAAAGAGGCUCUGAAGCCAACCUCCAAUAGCCCCUCCAGCUACCAAUACACCGAAGUGCCAACUAACCCAGAGCUUGAAAAACAAGCCCCUCCUGCCGUCAUGUACAUCACAAGCAUCUGAACGAAGAGGAACUCUUAGAAUUCUGUGGCCCACACAACCGCAACAUGUAGCGUAACUGGAGGCAGAUGGGGGAAAUGCCUGCUUUCCACAAUAACCCAUCUGCCUCCUGCAGUGAGCAUCUACUCAGCAGCGCUGCCUCAGAUACCAGAUGGGAAAUCCAGAUCAGAGGCAGAGCCCAAAGCCUUGCAACAGCCAGAAAGCCAAAGAACAAGGAGCACUUCUUAUACCUGGUGCAAGCCCAUAAGGCAAGGAUAGUAGUUCUGUGACUUAACGUGUGUGACUUUAAGCUAAUAGAAUUAAAUUGACAGUGACUUUUUUUUUAAUAUAAAAAGGCUGUACAUUUUUUAUAUAUUUCAAUUUUAAAGACUGGAAAGAUUUAUUAGGUUAUGCACUACAAUGAUUCCUGACACAGCGACAGUCAGUCAGUCCUGGAAGAGUUAAAAUACCACUGAAUCGCCUUGUCUGGACAUGCCAACCUAGCAAAGACUAACUUUGCAGUGAAGUCAUCUGGUUGCCUCCCAUGCAGGGCAGGGAAAACCCCUUUACUGGGGGAUGUGUUGCUGCUUUCUUCCGUCUCCGGCUAUUGCAUGGAAUAUUACACAGGUUGUAGAACCCAGGCUAGUGCCUGCUAUCAGUUGUGUGUAGGCCAAAUGAAUUUUUUACAUGCUAGUAACCAAAUCAUUCCUGCAUUUCAAGGGCAUUUUCAGGAAAAUAAAAGUUCAAAUCCAAAGCCCCAAUCAAACUGGACAGACUCAAAGUGCCUACAUUUUAUAGCCUGUGCCAUGAUGUCUUAAGCUCUCUCCUCUCCACCUUUACCAAGGUGUGCUGCAAGAAAGAAUCUGACAGUUCACGGCCAGUGUAAAUGCACUAAAACAGAGAGAAUGAGUGGCAAAUACAGGGAUGGACAUUUUUUUGUUUCAGCACUAGUCCAGGACCAGUACUUUGAAAAAUGUACCGGGCCUGAAAGCAAUUGCACUAGUCCAGAUAUUGGACUAAGUUCAGAGUCAGGGUAAGCUAGACUAUUACACUCAGAGGGCCAGAUCCUCAUCUUAUGUAAAUGGGGGUAGCUCCUCAUUCAGACUCUCAGACUUAAUGACACCCAUUUUCCAGUAUAAAAGGGAGUCUACGCUGGUGUCAUUUACAUGCCAGAGUCAGAAGAAAUUGGGGCGGGGGUGUGUGUGUGGGAAAUUUAGUUUUACUUAUACACUACUGUUAGUGGUCUUUCUUGCUACAUUCCUGUUUUGUGGCCUUAGCAUGUGAGUUAUACCAGCUUGAACUCCCUUUGGUCCCUUAGUGAACCAAAUUCAGAGAUGAGGGGUAAGCUAAAUGUGGGUGUAAGUUACAUGUUGGUAAAUGGGUUGUCCCCAUAUAAAUGGAAAAGAGUCUAAAGGACAUCUAAGAUGGUGUAACACGGAAGAAGCUAUAAUUGUACCAGCUUAGACUCUUCUCUGGAUGUGGCCCAAGAUACCAGCUAUCAUAAUGCACAUAAAAUACAUUUUUGCUUUUAUUCUGCUUCAGUUCUGAAAUGACUAACAGCAGAUCUCUCACAGAACGUUGGAGGUGGAGAUUAAUGUUUUAAACCCUUGAAAGAUGGAAGUUUAAGAUACUUUCAGAAAGUAGAAGCGUUGGCUUCUAGCUUUAGUGGUUGCCAAGAUAACAGAUACUGAAGUCAUGUUACAAUUCUAAUGAAAAAAACAGCUGCUAGUUAGAAUGAUAUGAUUAUGAGGUCCCAACCUGACAAGCCUAGAAACAAAUGCAUUAAACCACUAGAAAGCUGAGCCUCCAGACUAUAAAUGCAUUCAUAUCUAACCAUUAUGGUUUGCGAGGAUCCCACCAUCUAGCAGUGCCUCUUUUGACAACGGUCCAACACACUUUGCCUUCCUUUGUCAAAUAUAUCCUUAAAUAAGAUUACAGUUGGGAGAUGUUUAUAUGCAGCUAUGUGCUUUUAAAGAAAUGUCUUAUCUCUAGUCAUAUGUAUUUAGUAACUUGUGUAAAGCCUAUGUGGCCAGCAACCACAAAGCAAACAGCUGGGACUGUUGUCACUCAGUUUGGCUAUACAUAAGCACUCUUUGAUCCUUAAGGAAAUGUACAGUUUUUCUCCUCCAUCAGAACAAACCAAUAAGAAGGGUGAGAGUCUCAGACCUGUUCUAACUUUUGUGAAUAAAGGAGCUAGGCAGCA